UCUCUCUCUCUCUCGGCAGGUGUGAAAUUUGUGAUUUUCGUUUUCGGUUCUGAAAAGCAGGGGAAGUGAAAUUUCUUUGCGGAGUGUUCUCGAACCUCCGAUCUGUGAUGGUAAUUUCCGGAAGUGCUGUGAUGGCGGCGAUACCGGUUCCGGUGUGAGCUGCCUGCAGGAGCCAUGCCAAACGUUCCACGCCCUGGCAGCCUGAAAGACCCAAGGGUCGCAGAGCUGUUCGACCAGGAUGAUCCAGAAAAGAUCUUCGAAGACUUGAGGGAGAUCGGGCAUGGGAGCUUUGGGGCAGUGUACUAUGCCAAGAAUGCGAUCUCGAAAGAGAUUGUGGCCAUCAAGAAGAUGUCAUAUCUGGGGAAGCAGUCCAUGGAGAAGUGGCAAGACAUCUUGAAGGAGAUAUUGUUCAUCAGACAACUCAGUCAUCCCAACUGUGUCAAUUACAAGGGCUGCUACCUCAAGGAGCAAACUGUCUGGCUGGUCAUGGAGUACUGUGUGGGCAGUGCAAGUGAUAUCCUGGAGGUGCACAAGUGCCCCCUGUUGGAGGAGGAGAUCAGCGCGAUCUGCCAUGAUGUAUUGCUGGGUCUGGAGUACCUUCACGCUAAUGACCGCAUUCAUAGAGAUAUCAAGGCUGGCAACAUUCUACUUACUGACAAUGGGGUUGUCAAACUAGCUGAUUUUGGAAGCGCUUCCAUGAGGUGUCCGGCGAACAGCUUCGUGGGCACCCCGUAUUGGAUGAGUCCUGAAGUCAUUUUAGCCAUGGAUGAGGGGCAGUAUGAUGGGAAAGUGGAUGUUUGGUCUCUUGGCAUUACCUGCAUUGAAUUGGCGGAGCGAAAGCCGCCUUACUUCAAUAUGAAUGCAAUGAGUGCGCUUUACCACAUAGCACAGAAUGAAAGUCCUACUCUGUCAUCCGGGAAUUGGUCAACCGACUUCAGGCUUUUCGUGGAAUUGUGUCUGAGGAAGAAUCCCGCUGAUCGACCGACCGCCGCAGAAUUGUUGUCUCACCCAUUUCCGUGUGGUGUUCGAAGUACAAGUGCACUGAAUGGAAAUGGAGUUGUUAGGCAGACUUCCUCCGGAGUGAUUCUUGACUUGAUCCAGAGGACCAAAGUCGCGGUGAGAGAUCUGGAUAACCUGAACUACAAGAAGAUGAAGAAGAUCCUCAUGGUGGACGUACACUCAGUUGCCGAGACCGAGUCAAAUUUGGGCGACUUGGAUGGCGAUGAUCAAGUGGCUUUAGAAGAUGGAAGUAGUAAGAGCAACAGUUUGACGUCUGAGCACAGCAUUCAAUCUACAGGCAUAUCAGCAUCUUCCCAGAGCUCUUCCACGAAUUCUUUGCAACCAGAGGACAUCAGCAAAAACCGGCUUGCUGGAACUCAAAUGAGGCAGAGUCGGUCGGUGAGCACGAACAGUGGUGAAAUGCAAGGCGCCACUGCAGCAGUUGGCGGAGCCAACGGGCGAAACAUUGCACCAGCCACUGGUAACAACUUCGCCACCCUCAGGACGAUGUCCAUAGUCAACAAGCAACACCAAGAGCAUCGCCAGGAAGAGCUGCAUGAACAGAUGUCUGGCUACAAGAGGAUGCGCAGGGAGCACCAAGCUUCUCUUGUCAAACUUGAAGAGAGAUGCAGAGUUGAGAUGGAAGGUCACAAGACUUCAUUGGACAAAGAGUACGAGGCUCUCCUCCAGCAGUUUUCCCGGGAGCUGGAAAAACUCCAGUUGAGGCACCAGUUAGAACUUGAUCGAAAGAACAAGGUGAACUUGGUCGAGGAGAAGCGGUUGCAGAGGGACAUAAGCACCAGGCAUGAUCAGGAGAAGAAGACCUUCGUGACCCAGGCCAGGAGAGAGUACAAGCAGAUGAAAGAAAAAUGGCGCCGGGAGGUGUAUGCUGAUGAGUCCACACCACGAAGACAGAAAGAACAAACGUUGCAGGGCCACAAGGACAACUUGAAGCAAAUGGAUGCCGCCAAUGAGGACAGGCUUUCUGUCAAUCACCAGCACUACUUGGAACUGGAGACCAGAAGGUUCAGACGCAGGAAGCUUUUGUCAUUGCAAAGGCUGGAACAGGAGCUUCUGCGGGAAGAGCUGAGCAAGCGUGAAGCCCAGCUGGAAGCAGCCCACGAGAUGCUGCUCAGGCACCAUGAUGCUACCAGGGAGUUGGAGCAGAAGCAACAGAGGGCUGUGCAUUGCCUCAAAGAAGAUCACCUGAGGAAGCAGCACAGGACUGAGCUGGACAACCAGGAUGAGUACAUGUACCGUGCUACCCGAGAGAUGAAGAAAAAGCACGCUUUGCAGGCCAAGCAACAUCCCAAAUGGCUGAAGCAGAAAGAACUGCAGAUCAGGAAGCAGUUCAGGGAAACCUGCAAAAUCCAGACAAAGCAGUACAAGGCCCUCAAAGCCCAGUACCUGGCCACUGUCCCCCGCGAAAAGCAGAAGGCAGUCAUCAGCGCCCUGAAGGAAGAGAGGAUCAGGAAGCUGGCAGCACUUGGUGAACAGUAUGAGCAGAGUAUUGCUGAGAUGCUGCAGAAGCAGAGUCUGAGGCUGGAUGAGACUCAGGAAGUUGCCUUUAGGCAAUUGAGUGAGCAACUGGAGAGGGAGAAGGAGCUUCUCACUGCUUACCAGAGCAGGAACAGGAUGGCUUUCGAGAGCCAAAAGAACCGGGAGUUGCAGGACCUGAAGGAUAGGAUGGCAGAAGAAAGGAGCCAAUUUGCCCAAGAGCGCCUAGAGCGUGAGCGGCUUCUUGGAGAGCGCCAGCGCAAGGACUUGGAGGACUUUGAUGCAGAAUCCACGCAGCGUGGAUUCCCGACUCACGUCCUCUUGGAGCCAUCUCUGGAGUUUCAAGACAGGGAUGACGGCUCGGACGGGGUCGGGUCUACCCUCAGCCUGGCCCAUUCUCACUCCAUGUCCUCCAUGGGCGGGCCAACCAGCCUGUGAGCCCGUGUAAAGACACUCCCCUUCCCCCAUGUAAAGUUACCCCGCACACUUCUGCUUCCGCUUUCCCCUAUGUCAAGUGGUUGUCAAGUGAAGGUCACCUAGUCUCAUUGACCUGUUCAGCAACUUCUCCCAUCACACGAAAUUACACAGUUGCCUCAGUUCAGGUUUUCCCCUGGAGUGAGGACAGCCGAAGACGUUUUGGUUCGCACUUUGGUCAUCAGCAAGUGUCUGGAGUUUGUCGACCGCCCGCUGCUGGUCUCUUCCAUUCAUUCAUAUUUAGUUCCGUGUAAGAGUCAAUGGGGAGUUUCCUACGGUGAAGCAACAUCGAGUUGCUGGAUCAUUCAGAAAACUGUACCAAGUGUCCCUUUUGCGUCGUUUAAACAUUUGAUCCGGAGUUAUUGAACUGUGUUGAUGAGGCGUCAAGGUUCGUGGUGGGACGGUGGGCUGAAGGAGGUGUUUUGAGAACUUGGUGGACUUUCCCUGGUAUUAAGAAAGAAAAGCGCGGAUUUUGGUUGGUAGACAGGCUCGAGGUGUUCCGUUGUAACCUGUGAUAGUACGCUUUUAUUUUCCUCCUCCUUCUGAAGUAACCUUGGACGCCUCCCGGAAUCUCGGUUCGCAUUUGCAGAAUCGUGUGUCAAAUACUUUCUUGCCGUUGGACUUUUUUUUUUUGGUCCCCGCGCUGUGAUCGGUUUCGAUCCUUGACGAAGUUUCUGUUCUGGCUUCACUGUGUAAAUACGGCGUUGACGUGAGUUCUAGCUGGGCGAUGGAUAAUGGUAUAAUAAAUGGACGCAUUCAUUGUCUUUA